AUGGUCCGGCACGUGGACUCGGAGUCGGAGGAGGAGUUGGAGGAGAUUGACGAGGAGAGGCCCGGCGACAUCCUGCAGCGCCGCCGCGAGGAAUGCGAGCGCAAGGCGCGGCGCGGGGAGAUGGACCCGCGGCUGGAGUUCACCUUCCAGCUGCUCAUCGACGGCACGGGGCUGCCCAGGUCCGACAUCAUGGACCACGUCUUCGAGGGCAACAUGCUGGACGAAAUCAACCAGCUGUUCCUGCCCCACAUGCGCAACAAGCUCCUCUGGUUCUACCAGGAGAUCGAGGAGGGCGAGGGCGCGGCCGACGGAAAACCGGCGGGGGCGGGCGCGGCCAGGGCACAGGUGCCGGGCAAGCCGGCGAGCGGCCCCACCGUGCCCGCCAAGAAGAAGCUGUUCCUGACCGACGGCUGGCAGCUGCCGCUCACCGGGAUAUGCAUCUACAUGUUCAGGCUCAACACCGGCAAGCAGCUGCCCGAGGAGGGCUUUCACAAG